AUCUUGUCAUGAAAUUGUGUGAAAAGGGUGGGUUGAGAAUAUGAAAUCCCUUGCUUGAAAUUUCUGCUCUCUCCUCUAAAUUGGUCAUGGUGGUUCUCGUUAGAUUGUGGUGCCUUGUGAUGUUAUUGUAACAGAGCAGUUAUGGGUCUUAUUCCAUUGGGUAUGAAACAAGUGUGGCUAAAAAUAAUUUCCAAAAACAUUGGAGGACUAUCUCAAUGAGUCUCCCAUGCUUUUCCUAGUACUUAAAGUGUCCCAUUGAGGAGGGGUCCCAAGUGCAUUUUUGGCGGUAUUAGAGGUCAGGUUGAGUUCUUUUUAUUUCCUCUUUCCAGGUUUUUAUAAUCUUUCCUCCGAGAAAGUUGCUUUCAUUGCCUCGAUUCUCUUUUUAUUUAGGGAUUCUACUCUGUAUUACUUUGGAUCCAGGAGUCUUUUGUCUAAUGGGGAAAUUCUGAAGUUGUCCUCUUUUCUAUCCAUUUUGCAUGAUUUCCUGGGGUACAAGGAUUAUUGUGUGUGGAUACUUGAGUCUUCUCGCUAGUGUUUUCUUGUGGAUCCUCUUUUUUUCAUAUGAUUGUCCUUUCCCUUUUGUCAAAUCCCUUAUUUUUUUCAUGGGAGGAUUAACACCCUUCACUAUAUCCAAAGACCAUCUUCUGUCCUUCUAGGCCCUUAUGGUGCAAACUGCGGAUAAUGUUCUUUGGGGUUUUUAGUUUUCUGAGACAAUUUGGGACACACUUUUGGAGGUUUUAGGUGUCCAAGUGACCUGUAGCAGUUUGGAUAAGGCUGUGAUGUAGGUGUUAUACCGCCCUCUGUUCUGAGAUAGAGGGAUGGCUCUUUAGCAUGUUGCUUUCUUUGAUCUUAUGGAAUAUCUAGCCUGAGGGAAUUAGCAAGAUAGGUAUGGGGAGCUCUUUGGGAGGAAAUUUGGGCCUUGUUUAGGUUUGCCUCCCUUUAGGUCUUGGAUAGGAAGGAUUUUUGCGAUUACUCUUUAUCUCAUUCUUUUGAGCUAUAGCUUCCCCCCGCUGUUUUUGGCUCUCUUUUUGUACCCCUUAUAUAUUUUGUUGGUUGUGGCUGAUUGCUUUUGGGAGGAUAAAGAACAUUUUACCUUGUCCAGUGGCCAAGACAUCAGUUUUCAAGGAUGGGCAUGACUCUGAAGAUGCAAAGCAAAGCACGGCUGAUAUGACCAUUUUUGUGCAAAAUCUUCUUCAACAGAUGCAAUCUAGGUUCCAAACCAUGUCUGACUCCAUUAUCACAAAGAUCGAUGAGAUGGGGAGCCGCAUAAACGAAUUGGAGCAAAGCAUCAACGACUUGAAGGCUGAGAUGGGUGUUGAGGGUUCUCCAUCACCGCUGCCUCCUUCAAAGUCAAGUUCAGAUGAAGUGAAGAAAGAGGAAGGUUCUGCCUAGAAAUAGUUGAGUGUUUGCUUUAUUGAUGAGUUUGAUCACUUGCAAUAUUCUCUUUCUGCUGUUGCGUUUGUGAAAUUGAAGCCAGUGCUUUAGGAUGAAACAGAAAAGUGCAAUAUGUUAUAGACUUGGACUUGCUGUUUCUGCAUGAUUUCUUAUUGAUAAUAUAGUGAUGAUUAUACUCUAUGAUGACUUCAUACAA